AUGAGCCCCCCGGCUGCCGUUUCCCCUCCGCAGCAAGUUUCCGAGCUUGUGACGCCGACGUCCAAACUUGCCGUGGGUGGCGGCGGCGCCAAAGCAAAGACGCUCGAGGAGAUGAUGGGUCAGUGGGACAGCUUCAAGUUUGCCCCUAUCCGCGAAAGCCAGGUCUCUCGGGCCAUGACUCGUCGCUACUUCCGGGAUCUCGACACCUAUGCCGAGUCUGACAUUGUCAUCGUCGGUGCUGGUUCCUGCGGCCUCAGUGCCGCGUAUGUCCUCGGCAAGCAUAGACCCGACCUGAAAAUUUGCAUCAUCGAAGCGUCCGUCUCCCCGGGCGGUGGUGCCUGGCUGGGUGGGCAACUGUUUUCUGCCAUGGUGAUGAGAAAGCCGGCCGAUGCCUUUCUCCGAGAAAUCGGCGUUCCUUACGAGGAUGAGGGCAAUUAUGUGGUUGUCAAGCAUGCGGCCCUCUUCACCUCGACCAUCAUGUCCAAGGUGCUGGCGCUGCCCAACGUCAAGAUGUUCAACGCCACCUGUGUUGAAGACUUGAUUACUCGCCCUUCCGAACAGGGCGUCCGAAUCUCGGGCGUCGUCACCAACUGGACCCUGGUUUCCAUGCAUCACGACGACCAGUCCUGCAUGGACCCCAAUACCAUCAACGCUCCUCUCGUCAUCUCCACCACUGGUCACGAUGGUCCCAUGGGUGCCUUUUCUGUGAAGCGUCUCGUGAGCAUGCAGCGUAUCGAGAAGCUGGGUGGCAUGCGUGGUCUCGACAUGAAUUCUGCCGAAGAUGCCAUUGUCAAAAACACCCGCGAGAUUGUUCCCGGUCUCAUUGUCGGUGGGAUGGAGCUAUCCGAGGUCGAUGGCGCCAACCGCAUGGGUCCUACUUUUGGCGCUAUGGCUCUCAGCGGCCUGAAGGCUGCUGAGGAGGCGCUCAAGGUUUUCGACAUGCGUGCCAAGCAAAAUGCCGUCUAG